AUGCAUCCGCCGCCGUCCGCCGCCGCGAUGGAUUUCAGUCAGAACAGCCUGUUCGGCUACACGGAGGACCUGCAGGAGCUCACCAUCAUCGAGAGGCCGGUCCGCCGGAGCCUCAAGACACCGGAAGAAAUAGAAAGACUGACAGUUGACGAAGACCUCGGGGAUAUUGAGAGGGCUGUGUAUCUGCUCAGUGCUGGUCAAGAUAUCCAGGGAACAAGUGUGAUUGCAAAUCUCCCGUUUUUGAUGCGACAGAAUCCUGCUGAGACACUUCGGAGAGUCUUGCCAAAAGUUAGAGAAGUCCUGCACGUUGCAGGUGUGGAAAUGCAGUUAACGGCUGCCGUGUCAUUUCUGACCAUUCUGCAGGAAGAAUCAGUGUCAGUUCACACGUAUGCCCACUCCUUCCUCCAAACCAUUCUGCUGCAUCUGGAGCACAGGGAUGCAGGUGUCAGCAACGCAUGGCUGGAAACUCUUCUGUCUGUGAUGGAAGUGUUGCCCAAAGAAACCCUCAGGCAUGAGAUUUUGAAUCCACUUGUUUCCAAGGCACAGCUUUCCCAAACCGUUCAAUCUCGUUUAGUUAGUUGUAAAAUUUUAGGAAAAUUGACCAACAAAUUUGAUGCCCACACCAUUAAAAGAGAAAUACUUCCCUUGGUAAAAUCACUCUGUCAAGAUGUAGAAUAUGAAGUUCGAUCUUGUAUGUGUCGACAAUUAGAAAAUAUAGCUCAGGGCAUUGGGACAGACCUUACAAAAAGCGUGGUGCUCCCCGAGUUAAUGGAGCUCUCCAGGGAUGAGGGCUGCAGUGUGCGGCUGGCGGCGUUUGAAACCUUGGUCAAUCUGCUUGACGUGUUUGACACAGAUGAUCGAAGUCAAACUAUACUCCCCUUAGUGAAAACAUUUUGUGAAAAAUCUUUCAAAGCAGAUGAAUCAAUUCUUAUUUCCUUAUCUUUCCACUUAGGAAAACUCUGCCAUGGACUAUACGGAAUUUUUACUCCAGAUCAACACUUGAGAUUUUUGGAGUUUUAUAAGAAACUUUGUACAUUGGGUUUGCAGCAAGAAAAUGGACACAAUGAAAACCAGGUUCCAUCCCAACUCCUAGAGCAGGAGAAGAAAUACAUUUCAGUGCGGAAGAACUGUGCAUAUAACCUACCGGCCAUGAUUGUUUUUGUUGACCCUAAAAAUUUCCAAUUGGAACUCUAUUCUACAUUCUUCUGCCUUUGUCAUGACCCUGAAGUACCAGUCAGAUACACCAUUGCCAUUUGCUUUUAUGAAGUGUCUAAACUUCUGAAUUCCGGAGUAUAUUUAAUACAUAAAGAAUUAAUAACAUUAUUACAAGACGAAUCACUGGAGGUCCUAGAUGCUCUUAUAGAUCAUCUUCCAGAAAUCUUGGAACUUAUGUCUACUGGCGGAGAAAGCAGUAUUCAAGAAAGUAAGUUGCCGUCCCUGCCUGACUUGAUUCCAGCACUCACGGCUGCUGAACAGCGGGCUGCGGCCUCUUUGAAAUGGAGAAUCCACGAGAAGUUGCUACAGAAAUAUGCCUGUCUGCCGCACGUCAUAUCAAGUGACCAGAUUUAUUACCGUUUCUUACAAAGAAUGUUCACAAUCAUGAUGACCAAUAAAGUCUUACCUGUCCAGAAGGCAGCGUCACGAACUUUAUGCAUUUUUUUACGUUACAAUCGUAAACAAGAACAGAGACUUGAGGUCAUUCAAAAAUUAAUUGAACAACUGGGCCAAGGAAAAAGUUACUGGAAUAGACUUCGAUUUUUGGAUACCUGUGAAUUUAUUAUAGAGCUCUUUUCCAAAUCGUUUUUCUGUAAAUAUUUUUUUCUGCCUGUUAUUGAACUGACACAUGAUCCAGUAGCAAAUGUGAGAAUGAAACUUUGCUACUUGUUGCCCAAAGUGAAAUCUACUCUGAAGAUCCCUGAAGAUAAACACCUUCUUCAGCAGUUAGAGAUGUGCGUGAGGAGGCUUCUGUGUCAAGAAAAAGACAGAGACGUCCUGGCUAUUGUAAAAAGGACUGUGUUAGAGUUGGACAGAAUGGAAAUGUCUAUGGAUGCUUUUCAGAACAAGUUUUAUGAGAAAGAUUUGUUGGAUCAAGAGAAAGAAAGAGAAGAACUACUUCUUUUGGAAAUGGAACAAUUAGAGAAAGAGAAGCAACAAGAUGGAAGGCCUGUGAAUGAGAAAACCUUCGAAAAGAAACGCAGAGACAUCAAGACACCAACAGCGCCGCCCAAGAGCGUCCCCGCUGCUGUGGCCGGGCCCUCGGCCAGCACCACGUCCACGGCGGCAGGCAAGGAAAUCAAGAAAUCCAAAUUGAUUCGAAGCCAGUCUAUUAAUAAUCACGCUUUCCAUACAAAAUAUGGCAACUUAGACAAGUGUUCUAGUAAAACUUCUACAGUAGCAUAUACACCUUCUGCCUCAGGGUUAGCAAAGACUUCUACGAUUUCACUAACUGAUGACUCGUUCCGGACCCGCAAUGCCAGCAGCCUCCCGCCGUCCUUUUCCCCCAGCUCUCCCCUCCCCAGCACGUCCCGCGGGACAGCUAACCCCGUGGAUCCAAAGAGCAGCGGAGCUAAAGAGCCGCCACCACGGAAGGCUGCCCUAAAAUCCAGAAAAUCCAAUCCUUAA